GCCAUGGCGGGGCCGCGGGGCGCGCUGCUGGCCUGGUGCCGCCGCCAGUGCGAGGGCUACGGCGGCGUGGAGAUCCGCGACCUGAGCAGCUCCUUCCGGGACGGCCUGGCCUUCUGCGCCAUCCUGCACCGGCACCGGCCCGACCUGCUAGAUUUUGAUUCACUUUCCAAGGACAAUGUCUUUGAGAAUAACCGUUUGGCCUUCGAAGUGGCUGAAAAGGAGCUGGGCAUCCCUGCUCUCCUGGACCCGAAUGACAUGGUCUCCAUGAGUGUCCCUGAUUGUCUCAGCAUCAUGACCUAUGUGUCCCAGUUCUACAACUACUUUGCCAGUCCUGGCCAAGGUGGCAUCUCACCCCCCAGGAAGGACCUGGCACCCUCCCCCCCACCCUCUACAACACCCACUGUGGCGGAACCAGGAGACAAGGGCCAGGGCGAGGAGCUCCCYCCAGGCAGCCUGUCGGAGCAGGCCCCCCAGCGGGCCCCCAGCAGCACCUGUGCGGCCUGCCAGCAGCACGUGCAUCUGGUGCAGCGGUACCUGGCAGAGGGCAGGCUGUACCAUCGGCACUGCUUUCGGUGUCGGCGGUGCUCCAGCACCCUGCUGCCCGGGGCUUACCGGAGYGGACCUGAGGAGGGCACCUUUGUGUGUGCGGAGCGCUGUACCAGGCUAGGCCCAGGGGGGUGGCCAGGGACCAGGCCUGGACCCCCCUCACAGCCAAAGCAGCAGCAGCUCACAGAAGAAGCCAAGCAUGGCGAGGGAGGCUGCCCCAGCCCGAGUGUGGCUGCAGGGCCUGAGGCCGAUGGACCCAAGGCCAGCCCUGAGGCCCGGCCACAGAUCCCCACCAAGCCCCCAGUUCCCGGCAAACCCCAGGAACUGGCCAGCCCCCCAGCCAGCCGGCCCACGCCUGCGCCCAGGAAGUCCUCUGAGAGCACAGCCUUGACGCCCCCCACGCCCCGGCCCCGGUCCAGCCURCAGCAGGACAGCCCAGUGGAGCAGGGCGACAGCGGCCUCGUGAAUGGAAGACUGCAGGACCCUCCUGUCCCCAAGCCGAGAGGGACACCCAAACUGAUAGACAGGACGCCAGCCCCCAGGAAGGACCCCCCAUGGAUCACACUGGUUCAGGCAGAGACAAAGAAGAAGCCAGCCCCGCUGCCCCCCAGCAGCAGCCCCGGGCCACCAAGCCUGGCUCUGGCCAGCAGGCAGGCGGAGAAUGGGGCCAUGGUGGAGGGCCCCGAGCCCAGGCCCUACAACCCCUUUGAGGAGGAUGAAGAAGAGGAGGAGUCACCCCCUGCAGCGCCCAGCCCGGUGCCCGGCCCUGCCCUGGCCCACCCAGAGUCCACACCCAAGUCCCUGCACCCUUGGUAUGGCAUCACCCCCACCAGCAGCCCCAAGACGAAGAAGCGCCCCGCCCCCCGAGUGCCCAGCUCAUCUCCACUCACUCUCCACGCCUCCCGCCUCUCCCGCUCGGAGCCCCCCUCGGCCACGCCRUCCCCGGCCCUCAGUGUGGAGAGCCUGUCCUCCCAGAGCUCAGGCCAGGCUGCCAGCGCCGAGCUCCUGGAGCCGCCCGCCGUGCCCAAGAGCUCCUCGGAGCCUGCUGUCCACGCCCCCGACACCCCCGGCACCCCUGGGAACUCGGCCAGCCUCUCCGCCGACUCCUCCCUGUCUUCUUCUGGGGAGAUGGUGCAGCCCAGCACCGAGCGGACACCACAGGCCAGGACCAGKGGCAGCCCAAGUCCCCUGCCAGCCAAGCCCUGCAGCGGUGCCACCCCCACCCCUCUCUUGCUGGUUGGAGACAGGAGCCCUGCACCUUCCCCGGGAAGCGCGUCCCCACAGCUGCAGGUGAAGUCUUCCUGCAAGGAGAAUCCUUUUAAUCGGAAGCCGUCACCAGCAGCAUCUCCAACAGCAAGGAAGGCCACCAAGGGAUCCAAGCCAGUGAGGCCACCUGCACCCGGACAUGGCUUCCCGCUCAUCAAACGCAAGGUCCAGGCUGACCAGUACAUCCCGGAGGAGGACAUCUAUGGAGAGAUGGACACCAUUGAGCGCCAGCUGGAUGCUCUGGAACACCGCGGGGUCCUGCUAGAGGAGAAGCUGCGUGGCGGAGUGAAUGAGGGCCGAGAGGACGACAUGCUGGUGGACUGGUUCAAGCUCAUACACGAGAAGCACCUGCUGGUGCGGCGGGAGUCGGAGCUCAUCUACGUCUUCAAGCAGCAGAACCUGGAGCAGCGCCAGGCGGACGUGGAGUACGAGCUUCGAUGCCUUCUCAACAAGCCGGAGAAGGACUGGACCGAGGAAGAUCGGGGCCGGGAGAAGGUGCUGAUGCAGGAGCUCGUGACCCUCAUCGAGCAGCGCAAUGCCAUUGUCAACUGCCUGGACGAGGACCGGCAGAGAGAAGAAGAGGAAGACAAGAUGUUGGAAGCCAUGAUCAAGAAGAAAGAGUUCCAGAGGGAGGCUGAACCCGAGGGCAAGAAAAAGGGGAAGUUCAAGACCAUGAAGAUGCUGAAGCUGCUGGGAAAUAAGCGUGACACAAAGAGCAAGUCCCCUGGGGACAAGAGCUGACAGUGAGGGAAGCUGCUGGGACUGUCUCCUCCUGGAUCCUCAUGGGCUGGAGGGAGCCCCCUGCUGCUGUGGAUCAGUCAAGGGGGAAGGUGACUCAAGGGGAGGGUGUCUCUGGGUGAGCCUCCCCCACUGAGGUCUCCGUCUGUCUGGGCCAAAGAGUUUCCCUCCCUCUUCUCAGCACUCCAGACAGCUGUGACCCAGCCCUGCCCAGUCAGAUCUGAGGAUUCCAGAUGCUGUGACAGACCCAAAGGCAAGCAGGGACUCCAGGUGCAGGGAGGGGCAGUGGCCACGCACACCCACCCGCUCGCUCCAUGGUCCCUGCCAUGGUGGGGCAGCUCCUCGGCCUCCCCUCCCUUCUCUGUAGGCGCUGGCCUCGCUCUGCCCCGCUAACAGGCCGGAGCGGGACGGGCUGUGCUGGCCUCCUCCUGCCAGCCUGAGUCUGUCUUUCUGUCCAGUGCAGGUGCCCAGAAUCUCAUGUCACCUUGCUCAGGAGCUCUAUUUAUCAAGUCUGCAGUUAAGUUCAAAUGAGUUCCUGAGUGGUCUGUGCUGGGCAGAUCCCACCUCCUCUGCCUCCGAGCUGGAGGAGGUUCUCCCUCCCCUCCCCUGUUCUGUGGGAAGACUUACUUCCCAGACGCCACAGUGCCCUGGUGGCCAUGCUGGGGCAGGUGGGUGCUCCUGUUAGCUGUCCCCUGGGCAUGGCCUCUGGAGGCCACCCGGUCAGAGCUCUGGUCCCGUGCAUCAGCCUAGGGAGGGUGCUCCAGGUAGGUGCUGACCUGACUGAGGCGUCCUCCCCACCCAGGGCCUGGGGCCCGCUCCCCCUGUGGUCAUCACCCAUCUGUCUCCUUUGUUGUCUGUCCUCUCCCCAACUCAUUUCCACUUGAGGACUGAUGGCCACCCAUCCCCUGUGGGAGGGGACAAGUGAUGGGGAUGUCACUUUUGCCCAGGGAAUGUGCCUGGCAGCUCUUGGUCAAAACACUGUGUCAUAAGCUCUGGGGGCCUCCAGGCCCCCUCCUCCAUGCACCUGGGGGCAAGAUCGCACAGUAUUAACUUGGGGACAUUCCUCAACAACAUUCAAUGGGGACAGCCUCAGGCCAUGGCCACAUUUGCCUUCUUGUCUGCCUCUGCCCCACUUCCAUGGCCAGGUAUCUCUGCCUGCCUUGGAGGGUCUGGGACCAUGCUGAGGUUGUCCACUGAGUGGGACCUUGGCCUUCAAAGCCUGUCCCUGGGCAGGAUUCCCUUCCUCUCCACACCUGGGCAGCCUCUGGCAGUCCCUUGCUGAAUGUGCCUGUUGACCUGGGGCUGAGGUCACCACCUUAAGGCCUUUCGGGAACCAGGCAGGUAACACACUUGACCUGGGUCGGGUGUAGACUGGGAGGAUCUGCCAGCGUUAGGGCCCCCCACUGUAGUCCACUGUAGCCUGUGGGAAUGAACGUGGACCCAGGGUWGCCAAGUCUUUUCCAUUUUCCAAAGAAACUGGGGAUUCAGAUUUCGUAUGUGUGUGAUUUGUGAACGCCCGGUCUGAACUUGUUGGGSUGGCCUGAAUUUGCCCUGGUUCUCUGUUUUGCUGCCUCUGGGUCAUGUGACGGUGGCCUGUGAGUGGAGGUACUGUCCUACUGCAGCUUCUGCUCUGUGCUCUUGUGGGUGUGGACACAGGCUUCCCAGGAGGGUUCCUGAGCCCGCUCUUGUUGGCUGCUGAACAGCCAGGUUUAUUGUGCACACAAAACAUGGGUUGUGUGACGUGAUAGGAUUAUGAUUCCUUCCAGGUGUGGGGGACAGCAGGCAGGGUUUUUUUGAGGUGGGGUUAGGAAAAGACAGAACACUAGAGGAGGAGACCUGUGAGUGUCAGGAGCCCAAGGUGUGGGACUAAUAUGCUGUGUUGCCAGGCCAGGGUGUGCUUUCCUGUCAAGUGACUGUUCAGCCACCCUUCAGCCCAGGACCAGCCACAUGCAGGAACAGAGCUGAGGCCGUGGGCGCACAAGGAGACAUGGUGCGUGCCAGAGCUGGAACUCCAAAGCCAGGUGCACUGUCAGCGUGGGUCCCUCUCACCCCUGUGUG